CCCCGUAGUGCAGCACAGCAGCGCCAUUCGGUAACUGCAACAGUAUCCAAAAUGGCAGGAGCUGAUGGAGACGAUUCUCUUUACCCUAUCGCUGUUCUCAUUGAUGAACUGCGAAAUGAGGAUGUUCAGUUACGACUGAACAGCAUCAAGAAGCUGUCCACAAUUGCUCUGGCUCUUGGAGUUGAGAGGACUCGCACUGAACUCCUUCCCUUUCUCACAGACACCAUUUAUGAUGAAGAUGAGGUGCUCUUGGCCUUGGCUGAGCAGCUUGGGAAUUUCACUAUGUUGGUGGGAGGGCCGGAGUAUGUCCACUGUCUCCUGCCUCCUCUGGAGAGCCUAGCUACAGUGGAAGAAACGGUAGUCAGAGACAAAGCUGUGGAGUCACUGCGGAAGAUUUCUCAGGAGCACUCUCCAGUUGACCUGGAGGUCCAUUUUGAGCCUUUGGUCAAGCGGCUGGCCAGCGGUGACUGGUUCACCUCUCGCACAUCUGCCUGUGGCCUCUUUAGUGUCUGUUAUCCCCGUGUCUCCAGCACUGUCAAGGCUGAGAUCCGCCAGCAUUUUCGCACCUUGUGUUCAGAUGACACUCCUAUGGUGCGUCGUGCGGCAGCAUCUAAGCUGGGGGAGUUUGCCAAAGUUCUGGAGCUUGAUUAUGUAAAAAGUGACAUUAUUUCCCUCUUCACUGCUCUGGCCUCUGAUGAGCAGGACUCAGUGCGGCUGCUUGCGGUGGAGGCUUGUGUCAGCAUUGCCACUCUGCUGCCUCAGGAGGACCUGGAGACCUUGGUGAUGCCAACCCUGCGCCAGGCUGCAGAGGAUAAGUCCUGGAGGGUUCGCUACAUGGUGGCUGACAAGUUCUCUGAGCUUCAGAAAGCAGUGGGGCCAGAGAUCACCAAGAACGAUCUGGUCCCAGCCUUCCAGAAUCUUCUGAAGGACUGUGAAGCUGAGGUCCGUGCUGCUGCAGCCAACAAAGUCAAAGAAUUUUGUGAGAACCUGCCAGAGGAUAAUCGUGAGCAAAUCAUCAUGACUCACAUUCUGCCCUGUGUCAAGGAACUUGUUUCAGACACCAACCAGCAUGUGAAGUCAGCCCUGGCCUCAGUCAUUAUGGGCCUUUCGACCAUCCUGGGCAAGGACAACACAAUAGAGCACUUACUGCCUCUCUUCCUGGCUCAGCUCAAGGACGAGUGCCCCGAGGUGCGUCUCAACAUCAUCUCCAACCUAGACUGUGUGAACGAAGUGAUUGGCAUCCGUCAGCUUUCCCAGUCGCUGCUGCCGGCCAUUGUGGAGCUUGCAGAGGAUGCCAAGUGGAGGGUCCGCCUUGCCAUCAUUGAGUACAUGCCUCUGUUGGCAGGACAGCUGGGAGUGGAAUUCUUUGACGAGAAGCUCAACACCCUUUGUAUGGCCUGGCUUAUUGACCACGUGUAUGCCAUCCGUGAGGCAGCCACCUGUAAUCUGAUGAAGCUGGUGGAGAAGUUUGGAGCUGAGUGGGCUCAAAACACCAUCGUGCCCAAAGUGCUGGGUAUGGCCAACGACCCCAAUUACCUCCACAGGAUGACCACUCUGUUCUGCAUCAAUGCUUUGUCAGAGGCAUGUGGCCAGGAGAUCACCACUAAGCAGAUGCUGCCAGUGGUCCUUAAGAUGUCCAAUGACCAGGUGGCCAACGUACGCUUCAAUGUGGCCAAGUCCCUUCAGAAGAUUGGCCCCAUCCUUGACAGCAAUGCCCUUCAGACAGAGGUGAAGCCAGUUCUGGAGAAGCUGGCCUCAGACACAGACAUGGAUGUCAAGUACUUUGCCCAGGAGGCGAUCAGUGUUUUGGCCCUAGCAUAACCAACCCAACAUGGCUAAACCAGACAACCACCCAAAACAACAACGCAAACACUUUUACAAGAUAUUUAUUGAUGUUCAGGAACAACUGGUAAAUGUAUAGAGAAAGCUGUUAACAAUUGUUUUAUCCUUUUUUCCUUUUUUUUUUUUUUUUUUUUUUUACUGUCCAAUGGUAGUCCAUGUCCAGGCAUAGCACAGGCUACUUUGUUAACCUUCCUCUUUGCUGUAAAUGGGUGCUUUAUUAAGUGGUGCAUGCUGACCAAUGUGCUACUGUACUAGCUAGGCAUCGCUAACCAGAACCCCUCUCACAUUCCUCCCUUUGACAUCCUUGGCCACUGUUGUAUUUUAGGCACAGUCAUUGCAGCAUACCACAUGUCUAUGUUCGCUACCUAGCACCUAGGGCCGUGCUCACUCUCUGUGCUGCUGCACUUUCCUCCCAGUGCUAGACGCAAACUUUGAGCAGCAGAUGGAGCAACAAGCUGUUUGUUUUGCUGAGCUUCCUCCCGAAUCAGCCCUUUGAUAGCUCUCUUUUCCCAGAGACACUGGUGUCGCUCUCCAGAGAAGUGAUUGAAAGGUCUGUGCAGGUCUAGUAGGCAGUUUUUUGUUUUUGUUUUUCCGCCAGACCAAACCUGUUGUGUCUCACAGGAUUGUUCUGUACAAAGCUCUGACAAAGAAAUCCUCCAUAACUGCAUGUAAUCAGAUGAACUCUCGGUGAUUGAACUCAAUGAUUGCAUGUAUUAAACUCAGAUAGUGUCCUCUCCCAACUCUAUCUUCCAAACUACCCUGCCCUUCUGAACUGUUUGUUCUGUGCAGCAACACAUUGAAUUGGUCCAAUGAAUUACCUCGGGCUGUUGUAAUCACAACCAGCUCAGUUGAAAAGUGUUGCUCAUAAUGAUCCCUCCUCCAAACCUUCAGUGAUUUUGUGUAUGUGCAAGGGUGGGAAGUAGUAGUCAGUUGUGAUUUUCUGCAAUAUGUCCUCGGCAUUGCUCUUAAUCUCUGUGCCAAUGACUUUGAUAAGAAGUGGUGUUUCCUUUUAGUAUGCCUGGGUAAACAGUUUUCACCAGUCUUGUUCUGUAAAGAGAAAACAAUGUUCUUUUCUGUAGGAGACACUUUAUUCCGUGGACGUUAAUAGGUUGAUAAAACUAAAUUGACUACAGCUAUCAGGGCCGUGGGAUUGACAAAACCAUGGCACUCGUUGUGUCCUUGAGCCUCCCAGUUUUCCCAUAAAGCCAUGCCAAGUUCCCUACUGUGCAUGAGAUUUAAAAGCAUAAGUUCAGCAAACGCUGUGGCCUUUGCAAAUCUCUACACGAUGGAGAAGAAGUGCAUGCUUUCAAAGAAUGUGGGAUGGGGGAGCAUGGAGCAUGUGUACGUAAGGCUGCAUAAUGUUUUAUUAUGGGGUGGGGGCUGGGGUGGUUAUGGGCGGGUUGAAUAAAUGUGUAUCGUCUGUGUUGAUAAAAGAAACUUUUGUCUUUCCCUGAACUCCUCCCCUCCUUCCCUCUCAUUUUCUCUUGAAUAAACCUUGAUUGUUCAUUGUCCUGUAUCACGAAGACUGUGCUUUUAUUUUUAUUUUGAAUUUUCUCCACAGUUGAGAUGCUGUACUACUGUAUCUUGAUCUGAAUAAAGUAACUCAAAGGAA